UCAAUCAUAUUUGAUAAAAAAACGUUCGCUGCAUCUGGCGCAUAUAUUAAGCGAGAGCGAUAAAAUAGCAUUUGAUUCGCAAUAUUGUUGCAUGCUGCUAGGUAUUUAUUUGCAAAUCAUUGCCUGCAUUUUAGCGUGCAAGUCGCUGCGACAGGAUAUAGUCUUCAUCCUUGAUUCGUCCACAAGCGUCGGGAAAAGGAACUUUCAGAAAAUGCUGAAUUUUACAAAAGAUUUUCUGCUGGCUGCUGACAUUGAUUCCGGUAGUGUCCGUGUUGGACUGAUAACCUAUAGUACCUCGGUCACUAUUCACUUUUACCUGAACACGUUUAGCACGAAAGCAGAGGUAUUCUCCGCCAUUGAUGACGUAUUAUAUCAAGCAGGGAGUACCAAUACAGCUGAUGCCCUUAAAACUCUAACUGCCGACAUGUUUACUCAAGGUCAUGGUGACCGUGACGAUGUCCCGAGCGUCGUAGUGGUAGUCACAGAUGGGGUGUCAAACAUCAAUAUGCGGCAGACCAUCCCAAGAGCAGACGAAGCGCGAUUAUCUGGCAUAGCAAUAUACGCAAUAGGUAUUGGCAUUAAAGAAACAGCAGAGCUUCAAGGAAUAGCAAAUACUCCGACUGAAGAUUUCCUUUAUACCAUUGAAGACUUCACAGAGCUGGACCAAGUAAAGGAGACGUUGUUUGAAUCUUUCUGCCUCGGUAACAUUAUUUCUAUAGUUGGAAUGACGGUUUAAACACUUCUACUGACGCUUACGCUUCUGUCCCAAACUCGUCUCAUCCUGCAGUAUCCAUUUUUGUGUUGCGAGGACAUUGUACGACCUUCUAAUUUUGCUUUUUUAAGCUUUUUACGGUGAUGUUAUGAGUUUUGUCUUUUCUAUCUGCUAACUGCGUUUUGUAAUAAUUACGUUUGAUCUCUCUAUUUCUUUAUCAUCUGCUCUAACACCAACGUCUAGUCUCUCUCCGUCUUUGUUGGGAUUAUAUACAUUGUGUACUACCCAAUACUCAUGAAUCGUUUUCUCUUGUAGUUAUUUUAUCAAUUGAAAUUGAUGUAGUCGCCAUUGAAUUAAAAUAUCCUCUUGGCUGAUAAUUGAAUACACGUUUUCUAGUUUAGUUAGUUUAGUUUACAUACUAUAAAUAUUUGGUGGAGUCUCCUUUGGUGUGAAUGUUUCUAUUACAUAUCAUAAUAAGCAUGGAACUGAAGUCUGUUGUAUCUUACAUUGUAGUAGUUGAAUACAAAUCAGGGAGAAGUUUCUGUUUGACGAAAUACAGAAACCAUGAGGUGCCUUAUCGUGAAAGUAAUAUAACAGUAACAAACUAUAACCGAACCAAUUUUAUUUGUUUCAGAAGAACCUAAACCGACCCGUGGUAUUUCUUGUGAGUAAUAAUAUGAGAAAUGUUAUACAUAAGUCAGAUAUGUUUAAAUAUUACAUAUCAUAAUAUAUAUCAUUUCGUCAGAAUCUUCAGUGAUAAAAGAAACAAUGAUAAAUGAUGGAAUUACCUAUGAAUACCAAACGUUUAUUGUUCAUAUUUAAUUCAUGGGAGGGUAACUCUUAACUGUUCAAUUUGUGUUAAAACAAUGGACAUCUAAUAUCUGCAUAAACAUAUAUUUUGUGUAUGUAGGGGCGGGAGCAUUUAUCUAAAAAAAAAAAA